AUGGCAUUGCAACGCACAUCCAUCGUACUCCAAACUAUCGGCAAUUUGAGGAAAAUCGAUGGAGAAACGAAGUUACAUUUUCGACCAAGAACAACAACACCUUCAGGUGCUAUUCUACCAGAACCGAAAAAAAUACGUUUCGGCUUUUUGCGUGUUCUUUCCGGCGUCGUAACAGGAUUGAUCAUAGGAACUAAUUUAAGCAAAAUGAUAGCUAAUUUCCUCGAAGAGAAAGAGCUAUUCGUACCUUCGGACGACGACGACGACGACGAUUAA